GCCCCGUUUGGCGACGAUGAGGGUUCUCGUGGUCUUGGCGACGUGGCUGGCUGUGGCGUUUGCCACCGAUACCUUUGACGGACACCAGGUGCUCAGAAUCACGGCUGCUGAUGAAGCUCAGGUGGAGAAGUUGAAGGAGCUGGAAGCUUUGGAGAAUCUCCAGCUGGAUUUCUGGCGAGCACCGGCUCACCCCGACCUCCCCACAGAUGUCCGUGUGCCUUUCCACAGCCUUCAAGGGGUCAAGAUCUUCCUGGAGAGCAAUGACAUCCAAUACUCCAUCAUGAUCGACAAUGUUCAGAAAUUGAUUGAUGAGGAGAGGAGUCAUAUGAUGCGCCAACGUCAACUCCCAGAAUUGUCACUCGCCAAUUUUAACUUCGCUACUUACCACGACUUGGAUACAAUCUAUAACUUCAUGGACCUCUUGGUGCGUGCGAAACCCCUCCUGGUUAGCAAAAUUGAGAUUGGCCAGACAACUGAAGGACGUCCGAUCAACGUCUUGAAGUUUAGCACCGGGGGAACCAACCGGCCAGCGAUCUGGAUCGACACCGGCAUCCAUUCCCGCGAGUGGGUCACUCAGGCCAGCGGAAUUUGGUUUGCAAAGAAGAUCUUUGAAGAUCACGAGACGGAUCCUUCUCUCCGGUCCAUCAUGAACCAGUUCGAUAUCUUCUUAGAGAUCGUCACCAAUCCUGACGGUUAUGCCUUCACACACACCAAGAACCGUAUGUGGCGUAAGACCAGAUCGAAGAGGGAAGGGUCAACUUGCAUCGGCGUUGACCCCAACCGGAACUGGGCAGCAGGCUUUGGAGGAAAUGGCGCCAGUGGGAACCCGUGCUCGGAAACCUACCGUGGACCGUAUGCGGAGUCCGAACCGGAGGUGAAAGCCAUUGUGGAUUUUGUGCGGCAACAUGGCAACAUCAAGGCUUUCAUUUCCAUCCACAGUUACUCCCAGAUGCUCCUCUAUCCUUAUGGUUACACCAAGCAGCAAGCGGCAGAUCACCUGGAGCUGGAUGCUCUGGCGAAGAAGGCCGUCGCCGCUCUGGAGUCCCUCCACGGAACCAAGUACAGAUACGGCAGCAUCAUCAACACGAUCUACCAAGCAAGCGGAGGCACGGUUGACUGGACCUACGACCAAGGCAUUAAAUACUCCUACACCUUUGAGCUGAGGGACAAAGGCCGGUACGGGUUCCUCCUCCCGGCUAACCAGAUCCUUCCCACGGCAGAGGAGACCUGGCUCGCCCUGAUGGUCAUCAUGGAGCACACGCGGGACCACCCCUACUAAGCCGGAGGGAGGGGCCAGGUU